AUGAACUACCUUCUGCAUCGUCAACGAACACCGGGAAAAGUAAUUCCCGUUCCGGAUGAGUUGAAAGAACUCAUGUUGGAAAUAAGCCGUGAAGUUCUGCGAUCUCAGCCGAAAAAUGUUAUCCAUUUCGUCGCAGACUAUCUGGAGGCCAAGUUGAUACGUCGAGAGAACCAAGUGGUGGCUGACAAAGUCGUGGACACCGUUUUGGACACCAGCUUGGACAUAAUCACCAUGCUGGACGAGAUCGGGCUGAACGAGGAGAAGGCGGAACGGGCGGUACGAAUGAUACGGGAAGCCUUUCAGAAUCAUUUUAAGAUACGAACAUCUGACGAGAAUUUGAGAGAUGCAUUUAGAGAGGCCGAAGUGCUGAAGCGUUUGGUAGACGAGUGUGGAUUUUCGGAGAGUGAAGCUUUGAAGGCUGGGAAGAUAAUAGAGAGGGCGUACAAGACGUAUUUCCUGAGGAAUGUGUACAAGUACUAUCAUGGACCUGCAGUUACGAGUGAUUGGCAAGAUGCGGCAAAGCAUACCCUUGGAAUCUAUGCGCAAAGCGGAGCCUCGAAGGAGGAGAUGGAACGAGCGGCAGUUAGGAUACAGACAGCGUACCGUGGAUACUUUACUCGGAAGCGACAGGAGUUGGAUAGAAAGGCAGCGGUCAUUCAGGAAGCGUACAGAAAACAUCAAGAAAAACUGAUAACGACUAGAAUUUUGAAUCAGAUCAUUGACGAUGUGAUUGAACCGAAGUUUUCUGCGCGCGAGGAAGUUAUGCGCAUAGUUGAUAUGGUUUUAAGAGAACAAAUCGAAUUUGAGCAACCAGAAACAAGUAAAUUAAACGAAGCAGCGACAAAAAUUCAGUCAGCUUACCGUGGAAGAAAAAUCCGGGAAAAGGUCAUGUUAGGAAUCGAUCUAACUAAAGAAGAAGAUUCUAAGGCAAACCGUGAAGAGAUGUUAAAGACAAUAAACCUGACAGCUCAAUCCACUUCCUCUGUAGCCAAUAAAGAUCGUAAGGACACAGGUGGAAUCACGAAGGGCGAUCUGAUUGCUAUGAAUAACACUGUAGAAGGUUCCACCUCUCCCACUACAGAUGCAAUGGACCACCUAGCUCAAGAAGUUUUGGAACCACCACCGAAAACCAGUUCCCAUGGGUCAGUCACUUUGACUCCUUCGCGGGAAAAAGCCGCCAUCCAAAUGCAGAGCCUAGCUAGAGGGCACCUCCAGAGAAAGAAGCUGUCGCAGACCCAGAAUCAGCAGGACAAGUAAACGACUCUCGGUCUAAUAAGGGCACGCAUCUGAGGUCGUGGCAACAGAGACAUUGACAUUCGUUCAUUUAAUAAACUUACCAUGUAUUCCCG